AUUUGGUUCAGGAGAAGUAUGUUAGCUUUGAUCUUGGGUUUACUUCAGUUUACCAUCGGUACCUAACUGAUAAGGGACAUCAGCUAAUACCAGAGGCGCGAAAUCACCCGCAUUAGUUGUGAUUCAAUAUCCGAGUUGAGUCGUAAAAGUUAUCAAGAUUUACGUCCCAAGAUUCCUUUUAACCGAAGCCAUGUCGGCCUGUAGGCGUAAACAACACGGCGUUAAUUCAACGUUUGGAAAUAGCCAAAGUUAUUUUAUUAGAUCAAAAAUCUUAUAAAUGUAUACGAGAAAAUAGAAUAAAUACUACUGUAAUAUUAAUACCCCUUUGUGUAAUUGUUUAAUCUUUGAGGUAAGAAUAAAGAUGAAUAAAUGUGAAAAAAAGUCAAUCACUUCUCUGUCGACAUUUAUUCAAAGGCUGCAGUUUAUGAGUCGACGUUGGUACGGUCACGGCAAUAUCUGGCGACGUUAGUAAAUAUACGGCAAUUUUUGUAGUCAAUAAUACACUGUAUUUUUAGCUGUCGUCUUUAGUACACUCUCAGAACAUUUUGUGUCGUCACUAAUACCCUUACAACAUUGUCGUCACUAGUUAAGCGAACUGGGGUAAAGCGCUGAAUGGCCUUAGUUGUCUCAGUGCUCGGCAUGUAUGCCAAAAUGUCUAUACAUCAAUAAACCAUAAGAAAAUAUAAUUUAGUUUUGUUUUAUCGCAGCUGACCUUUCCCUCGGCACCAUCAACAGUCUUGUUUCCGACGGAUCAGUCACUGUGAACUUUGCCUUCGGUUAGGCCGGGCUUCUUCAUUCCCAUAAACUUCAGAGCUUCUUUUAUAAACGUGUUUUAACCCUGGCGUCAUAUAUAUGUAUGUGUAUAUAUAUCUAUAUAUAUUGUAAUGAAACAAGGAUUUACCACUUCUAUCUUUUUCUUCGAAGUCGAACCUGUUGGUAUUUCCCACACCUCAGUAAGACGCAAGAGUGGACUUCCUGUGUGUGUGUGUGUGUGUGUGUGCGUGCGCUUUAAGCCUUGUUGGUGUAGAGUCGUGUAAUAUUCUGUAGGCACGGGAGGUCACCUUUUGCAGCAAAAUCUUUUCUUUCAUAUCUAUGAAUUUAUUUUCAUUGAUUUACUACUUCCAGAGUAUUGCUUUUGACUUACAUCAGUGACUGCCGAGAACACUGAUAGUGAACUGAAAAUGUCAGCGUCAGAAGGUCCAUUUUCAGUUUUUUUUUUUUAUAGAUAAUGCAAAAUUGAUGACAUUUACUUGCGAGGAAAUUGCCCUUCUCAUCAGAUGUCUUUGAAUCGUCAAUGGCUUUUGCAGGGAACCGAAAACACUGGUCCCCGAAAGAAGUGAGUAAACGGAGAGAUGAAAAUUUCAUUGUAGUUGCCGAUCUGCGUGAUGUUCAAAAGCUUCUUCGGAAGCUUGAACAUUUCUUCCGUUUUGCACUUAAGAUCAGCUCCUUGCAUUGUGAUGCCAGUUCGCUAUUAAACCGUUUCCGUUUCUUUGCUUCUUGCACAGCCGAGUAGUAUUGUGUGAGAAAUGUGCGCGCGCACUGAUUCGUACAACUGUUCGGCAUUUAGUGAUAUCAGUCGUUCUCUAAAACCCAGUCAAGUGUUUAGCAGCUCCAAGCAUUUCUUGAUUUUUUCGUUCAUAGGCUUCUCAUCCUCCGAAAUUAAGAGACCCCAGGAUGUUUCAAGCGUAUGUUAUGUAAAUCUUCAAGACCUCAGUUGUAUCGUUGGCUGUAUGAAAACUUGAAAGAUCUUCGUAGCUGAUGCGGAUUCUCGUUGCAUUGCGUAACGUAUUUUAAUCUUAGGAGGAAUUCAUCCAUCUGUUCACGAUUCAGGUUCUGGAUCGUCGUUGCCAUCGGAGGUUGUCCGGAGGAAUAAUGAAGUAGACCAGUCGUUUGUGAUAGAUUUUCAAAUAUGAAACGUGCUACUUACAAAUUUAUUUGUCUUCGGUUCCGUGCCCAUUGUGAUUUGUAGCUUUUAAAGCAAAAAGUACAGUUUUGACACCGUUUCAUGAUAAUGGACCCAUUUCUAAGUAAAUGAAAAUUACAAUGAUUGUGUAUUCCGUGCAUUCUGGAGAAUCGAGAAGUUUGCAUCAUGGUGACUCAAGGCUCUACACGAAAUUCAGUUCACGGUGGUAUGACGCAACCGUCCAGGAAUUAUACCCGCCGUGAUAUUUUCUUUGGCAAGUAUUUCAAGGCUGUCAAUACAUUUGGCAGACAAGUUCUGCAUCUUGUGUUUAUUUCAUUAUACUCCACAUUGGACACCAAACAUGGAAACUUGCCGAUACAUGACUAUUGGCAUGACACUCUCGGCUGGUCACAGACUCAAUACAGAAAUGCCUUCACAACUCAGGAAAGAGAACUUCUGAAAAAUGAUCCCAAGGGACCUCAUUUUGUAUGUGAUAUCACUCUCCUUUUUAAACUCAUUGUGAAAAUCUUGGGCAAUAUAACUGAGCCAUUUAUGCAAGAGUUGCGGGACUUGAAAAAUUUAAGAAAUAUGGUGUGCCACGAGGGUCUGGAUGUAGAAGAAGCAGAUCUGCAGCGUCGUGUUUCCGCUUUACGGGACAUCUGCGAGAAAAUCCUCGAAGGCGUGUGUUGUGUGACAGGUGAGGACGCAAGCGGUCAUUUAAAGGAAAUCAAAGAUGGUCUUGAGGACCUGCUGGAAGCAAAAAUUGAGGUUUCUGACGUUCAGUCAUAUUUAGAAGACGUCGAGUGUUUUAGGCAGCAAAAGCACUCAAAACUAAUCAUGGAAGGUCGACAAGAACUGAUGAGUGUGUAUUCUAAUGCCAAAAUCUUAAAUCCAUGUUCGUGGUUAAGUGAUCACAAGUUUACUGAGUUUACUGUUGACAGAAUUUUUACUACUCUCGUUAUUGUGAACAGUGGAAGUCGUAUUUUGAUGUGUGAUAUUUUAAAUGUUAAUCUCAUGAAAAUGAGGUUUGUGCCAAGAUUAGUUAUUAUAUCAGGUGUAAUGGGUGCAGGUAAAACUUCUCUUCAUCGCCAUAUUCUUCAUGAAUGGCGCAGUCAUUCCCCAGCCAUUUUUGGUUUAUCCUCAAUGGACUUAGUUAUUGGUAUUGAGUUACGGACAGUAAGCAGUGGCUCUCUCGUUCAGUUUUUGAGAGAACAACUGCUAAGAUCAACGUGUCGUCUCUUCAACGAAUCUGAUAUCAUUCCUUUGCUACAAGAAAUGAAUGUUUUGUUUUGUAUUGAUGGAAUGGAUGAAGCAGGCGUGCAUGGCAAAAUGCUUGUAAGAGAAAUUGUAAAUAAGUUCACCAACAGCCGUAUCAUUAUUACAACGAGACCAGAGUACACCUUAGAGUUGAUGCAAAUGGCGGAAGACCACAUUGUGCUCAAAAUAGAAGGUUUUGAUGAACAGGGUAAAAUGCAAUUUGUUAACAGAGUUUUUGCCGUAAAAUACCCUGUUGCGCAAAAUCGUUUAAGCCAGACUGCUAGGUUCCUACAUUUCAUGUCUACUACGUGCCAGGCUAUAAGUAAUCACCUCACUCUUCCUUUGUCACUUUCACUUUUGGUUGUACUUUGGUGUGAUGACACAGUGGAUGUCACUUCCAUAUCCACCCUCACACACCUGUAUUGUAGGAUUUACGACUUAUGUCAGAGGAAAUUAGUUUCGCGAUUAGAAGCAUCAGCCUCAGACCACUCAGUAUCUCUUAGCCGCAAGGUCAGUCGUUGGUUGACUGAGCUAGGUCGCGUUGCUUGGAAUAUGUUAUGCAAAGAUGAACUCCAUAUUAACGAAGAACAGUCAAGAUAUCUUAUGAAUCAGUGUGAAAAGGAGAACAUCGAUCCCAUUCAGACCAUGUCUGCUUUUCUGAACUGUGAAAUCAGAGAAACACUCGUGGAAACUAAGUAUUACUUUUCAUUCCAUCACUUAACUAGCCAGGAAUUUUUGGCAGCCUUGUAUAUCAGUGAAGAAGUAGAAAAAAAUAAUUCAGUCGCCGACAUCUUCAAAACCAUAGAUUCCCCGAGGUUUCAACAGCUUCUGAUGUAUGUCACAGGUCUUCUUAAGAGAAGUGGAAACCUUAACACGACAGCAGCGAGCCAAAUAAAGUCAGCUUUUCUAAUUGACAUUGGAGUACACCCUAGUGAUUGCAGCACAUGGUGGAAACUCUUGCGAGAGGCUGAAGGUGAAUAUUCUAUGACUGUGGUGAUAGGCUCAGUUGUAAAUCAGACAAAUGUGUGGAUUGUUAGUUCUGUAGAACCGAAAGAGGAAACUGAAGACAAACUGAAUUUACUAAAAGCAACAGGUGCUUCUCCUUUAGAACUGAUAAUGGAAAUUCAUUAUACCACCGUCUUCAGUAAAUGUAAAGAGUUACAGGAAAUACUCAGGCUAAUUGGAACGAGUCAGAAGACCAAAGUAAAACUUUACGUGGAGAAGGAAUUUAAUUCACCGGGACAUCAGGAAACCAAUGAUAGUUACAUAGUCCCGCUUUUUGAGAGCAACUGCAUGGUAAUAUUUAAAGGCCAUGCCGGAAAAGCUCUAAUGGCGGCACUCAGCAGUGCAACAAAUGUACAGUCACUUUAUAUAAGAGUAUCUUCACUGGAGGCACUCCACGCACUAAAGAAAAGCGUAAAAACGCAUGAGCACUGGAAGAAUACGUUCAAGGCUCAAGCAGGAUGGUCUUUGAAAUUUUUGGAGUUGUUUCUCGAUAUCGAGAGAGAUAUCUCUCCUGCGGAUGUUCCUCGGCUGCAUUAUGGAAAAGAAUUGGUCGUCAAAUUAGCAAACAUCUCUGAUGGGGAUGCUGUGUGGGCAGGCAAAGUUGUAGGUAACCUAAAUCGAACAUACACAUCCGUGAUUUUUCAGUCAUCGAGUUUGACCAUAUCUGGGAUGAAAGAAUUUUUACAUGCAGCUUCUGAUAUCACGAUCAAAACAAUUCGAGUUUUAUCCCUCCAUCCAGCAACGGUUGAUCAGAUGCAGUGUCUGGCGAAGAAAUAUCAUGUCAAAAUUGGCUGGGGUAAUUCGUGAUUUUUCCAUGUUAAGACGUUAGUGUAGUUGGUGGCACGCAGAGAUCAUCCAAUGCGCUAGUGGUAAUGUCAGGACAUAAUUGUCAGAUUCAUCCUGCUAAUAUUUUUGGUCGCUGCAUAUAGUCCUGUCACGAACAAUUAUCGAUAAUGUGUUGAAGGUUUUACUGUAUCUUCCCAAAAGUUCACAUCCACCCUUUUUUUUUCCCUCCUUUUCAUUUUGUCCCUGUUACUGUCUUCGGUUCUCACGUAUUGCCAUUUUAGGUGGCAAACCUCAGUUCAUAUUACAUUCACGCACAGCAUGUAAACUCUCUCUCUCUCUCUCUCUCUCUCUCUCUCUCUCUCUCUCUCUCUCUCUCUCUCUCUCUCUCUCUCGGAUUCUUGUGCUAAUUUAAUCCAUCCCUGAGUUAUUUCUGAUAUGAAUGGCAAUUGUCUUGUCACGAAAUUUGUUCCGGUCUCAUUUCUGCCACGCGAACUUGGCUUUCAUUGUUUUAUUUUUAUUGACAGACUCCAUGCCAUAAAAUAUUGCAGGUCUAUAACCACUGACUUGAAAAAUACAGAGCAGGAAAGACGUGGAAGACGGAUUUCACAGGGGCCCUUUGCUCCACGCGGCGUUGGAGGCGCUGAUGACGUUAUUGAUUGUCUUGUAUUUGUCGUUUCCAUUUCAUGUACAUUUUCCCACUUCAUUAUGACGCCAUGUAGUGUUUCUUGUAUCCGUGCGUUAUCUAUUUUGGUGCUAAAGUCUUAUAUUUUUCCUUAAUUUUUCUUUAUUUAAAUUAUAUUUUGUCCCUCCAAUUUAUUUUCGUGUUCCUUCUGUGCGUCCUUCAGUUCUCUACUUUCUCUCCCGUCUUCCUCAAUGCUAUACAGCAGACGCAUAGUGCAAUCACAUGUUGCAGAAUGAACAAAACACUUUGAAUGCCCAUUCAAAGGAGUCCAUCAGGAAAUUCAGUGUAGUUGUUGGUGUACGUUUCAAGUGAUUUCUGCGGGUAGAAUGGUGAUAAUGUUUACUUGGACCGAAUGCUAGGUGCCUUGAGAUCACUGAAGUUGAAAAACGUCAGGAUUUUCCUGAACUACGUCAUGUUUGUUUAAAAUCGCUACACUUGGUGUGCUGGGUGAUGUGAAAGUGGAAAAAUGUCGUUACAUAAAAUGAAUGUUAUACCCUAAUAUGAAGGUAAUUGGAAAAGAGGAAGGGUAGAUCGAAACCUUUUCGUCAUUGUAGAAAGACGGAUAAAUGAUCGUAUGAGGUGACUUCCCUCACUCGAUCAAAAAGUCUUCUAACAACAGUGAAGAUACUAGCUGUGGUUGUGUGUGCUGUAAAACAUUGAAGGUGAUAUCUUGUGAGUUGACGUUAUCUAAUGGACAGUUUGUGCGGCUGUGCCGGUUUGCCCCAGUUAUAUAGGCCUAUUUGAUUUUUAUGAAGGUUUCUUAAAGCUGUGAUUACUAGAUAUUUCUUCAGUACCUUUUUUUUUUACUUAAGUUUUGUACAUUCAACCAAAGAUACAAUUUUUAUGGUAAUGAGCCAUUUGAUAAAUCACGUUGAGGUAAUUAAGAGUAGAAUUCAAGAAGAGUAUUUUUCUUAAAGUACAUUGUAUAUAGUUUGUACAUCUGUAAUAAAAAUUCAGAAGUGAGAAA